GCGUAAAGUCCCGUCCCCGGAGGACGUGUCGGUGGCAACGAGCAGCCGGCAUGAGCGACAGCAGCGAGGGGGGGAUCAUCAGCUUCUCGGUGCCCAGCCCGCCGCGCAUUCUCGGAGGCGGCUGCCCGCUGCUCUACGAGGAUGGGCUCGGGAGGAGAGCGCCAGCCGCCGGCGAGGCGAUGGCCCGCGGCUUCCUGGGCGGCCCAGGCGCUCCGCCGCCCGGCACGUUUUGGAACGAAGACAGCGGCUCAGCCUGCCCCGUCGCCGACACGGCAGCUCGGGCCAAAAGCAGCGGCGUCGGCAGCAACAGGAGGACUACGGUGUCUUACGUGAUCAACGAGGCGAGCCCGGGGCUGCUGCAGGCGGCCGAGAGCGGGGCCCUACAGAGCUUGAAGGAGGCGUGUGAGACCGUCGGAGCCGACCUGCAGACGCUGCACUUCGGCAAGCUGGACUUCGGCGAGACGGCCGUGCUCGACCGCUUCUACAACGCGGAUAUUGCGGUGGUGGAGAUGAGCGAUGCUUUCCGUCAGCCUUCGCUCUUCUAUCAUCUGGGAGUCCGAGAGAGCUUCAGCAUGGCCAACAACAUUAUCCUCUACUGUGAUACAAAUGCAGAUUCCCUGCAAUCACUGAAAGAAAUUAUUUGCCAGAAGAAUAAUAUGUGCACUGGCAACUACAUAUUUGUUCCAUAUAUGAUAACGCCCCAUAACAAAGUCUAUUGCUGUGACAGCAGUUUUAUGAAGGGAUUAACUGAGCUGAUGCAGCCCAACUUUGAACUGUUGCUUGGGCCAAUAUGUUUACCCUUGGUUGACCGUUUUAUUCAGCUUUUGAAGGUGGCACAGGGCAGCUCAAGCCAAUACUUCAGGGAGUCUAUCCUUAAUGAUAUCAGAAAAGCCCGUAACUUGUACACAGGGAAAGAACUAGCUGCAGAACUGGCAAGGAUACGACAGCGGGUGGAUAAUAUCGAGCUUUUGUCUGCUGACAUCGUGAUAAACUUGCUGUUAUCUUACAGAGAUAUUCAGGAUUAUGAUUCUAUUGUGCAACUGGUAGAGACAUUAGAAAAACUUCCAACAUUUGACUUGGCUUUGCAUCACCAUGUGAAGUUUCAUUACGCAUUUGCACUGAACAGACGCAAUCUACCUGGAGACAGGCAGAAAGCUCUAGAUAUUAUGAUACCUCUAGUGGAGCAUGAGAGCCAAGUAGCUUCAGAUAUGUACUGCCUUGUGGGACGGAUCUACAAAGACAUCUUUUUGGAUUCUGGAUUUACCGACACGGAAAGUAGAGACCAAGGGACCUUGUGGUUCAAGAAGGCAUUUGAGUCAGAACCAACAUUACAGUCAGGAAUUAAUUAUGCAGUGCUCCUCUUGGCCGCUGGACACCAGUUUGAUACCUCUUUUGAGCUACGGAAAGUUGGAGUAAAAAUAAGCAGCCUCCUCGGGAAAAAGGGAAACUUGGAGAAAUUGCAGAGUUACUGGGAAGUAGGCUUUUUCCUGGGAGCCAGUGUCCUGGCAAAUGAUCACACAAGAGUGAUCCAGGCUUCAGAGAAACUUUUCAAACUGAAGACACCAGCAUGGUACCUCAAGUCGACUGUGGAGACUAUUUUGAUAUAUCAGCACUUUAAGAAACUGAAUCCAGAACAGCAAGUAGCCAAGAAUGAACUUGUAGACUUCUGGAUGGAUUUUCUCGUUGAGGCCACAAAGACAGAUGUUUCUGUAGUUAGAUUUCCUGUUUUAAUAUUGGAGCCUACAAAAAUCUACCAGCCUUCCUACCUGUCCAUUAAUAGUGAGGCUGAAGAGAAGACUGUGUCUAUCUGGCAUGUUAUGCCUGACAAUAAGAAAGGCAUUCAUGAAUGGAACUUUAGUGCUGAUUCUAUAAGAGGUGUAAGCAUUUCAAAAUUUGAAGAAAGAUGCUGUUUCCUGUAUGUACUGCACAAUUCAGAUGACUUUCAAAUCUAUUUCUGUACAGAACAUCACUGCAAAAAAUUUUUUGAAAUGGUUAAUAGUAUCACUGAAGAAAUAGGAAAAAACACAGAGGAAGGGGAAUGCGAUGGAGAUGCUCUGGAGUUUGACUACGAAUAUGAUGAAAAUGGUGAGCGAGUCAUUCUCGGAAAAGGCACUUACGGUGUAGUUUAUGCAGGACGAGAUCUGAGCAAUCAAGUCAGAAUUGCCAUUAAAGAAAUCCCAGAAAGAGAUAGCAGGUAUUCCCAGCCUCUACAUGAAGAAAUAGCUUUACAUAAGCACCUUAAACACAAAAAUAUUGUCCAGUACCUUGGCUCUUUUAGUGAAGAUGGAUUCAUUAAAAUAUUCAUGGAACAGGUACCAGGAGGCAGCCUUUCUGCUCUUCUGAGAUCAAAAUGGGGACCAUUAAAAGAUAAUGAACAGACCAUUGGUUUUUAUACCAAACAAAUUCUUGAAGGAUUAAAAUACCUCCAUGAUAAUCAAAUAGUGCAUCGAGACAUAAAGGGUGACAAUGUACUUAUCAACACAUACAGUGGAGUGCUAAAGAUUUCAGAUUUUGGAACAUCCAAGAGGCUUGCUGGAAUAAAUCCGUGCACUGAAACAUUUACAGGUACUCUUCAGUAUAUGGCACCAGAAAUAAUUGAUAAAGGACCAAGAGGUUAUGGAAAGGCUGCAGAUAUCUGGUCCUUAGGAUGCACAAUUAUUGAAAUGGCCACAGGGAAACCUCCAUUUUAUGAACUAGGCGAGCCACAGGCAGCAAUGUUUAAGGUUGGAAUGUUCAAAAUUCAUCCUGAGAUUCCUGAAUCCAUGUCCGGAGAGGCAAAGGCUUUCCUGCUGCGCUGUUUUGAACCAGAUCCAGACAAGAGAACCUGCGCUAACGAGCUUCUUGUAGAUGACUUCUUAAAAGUCACAAGCAAAAAGAGGAAGUCCCAAUCAAAGCUAACAGCACUCUCAGUUGGAUCAAAUGAAUAUCUUCGAAGCAUAUCCCUGCCUGUGCCUGUUCUCGUGGAAGAUACAAGCAGUAGCAGCGAAUAUGGUUCCAUUUCACCUGACACUGAAUUAAAGCUUGACCCAUUCUCUUUUAAAAUGAGAGCCAAAUCCUGUGGAGACAAGGAUGCCAAAGGGCUUAGGUCUCUUUUUCUAAGCAUCCCAGAUGAGAAUUUUGAGGACCACAGUGCUCCUCCUUCACCUGAUGAGAAGGAUUCUGGCUUCUUCAUGCUCAAAAAGGAUAGCGAGCGAAGAGCCACCCUCCAUAGAAUCCUCACAGAGGACCAGGAUAAGGUGGUGAGAAAUUUGAUGGAAGCCUUAGCUCAGGGAGCUGAAGAGCCUAAGCUGAAAUGGGAACACAUCACAACUUUAGUUGCCAGCCUCAGAGAAUUUGUACGGUCAACAGAUCGCAAAAUCAUUGCAAGUACACUUUCAAAGCUGAAACUGGAGUUAGACUUUGACAGUCAUGGCAUCAGCCAGGUUCAGUUGGUACUCUUUGGUUUCCAAGAUGCAGUGAAUAAAGUUCUAAGAACCCACAAUAUCAAGCCACAUUGGAUGUUUGCACUCGACAGUAUAAUUCGCAAAGCUGUGCAGACAGCUAUUACUAUCCUGGUUCCAGAACUGAGAACACACUUCAGUUUAGCAUCUGAGAGUGAUACAGCCGAUCAGGAUGACAUUGAAGGUGAAGAGGAACAUGAAGAGCCACCUCCAAACCCAACAAUUCAACAAGACAAGCACCCUUGCCUUGUAUUGGACGAUGCUAUCGCUACCUCAGGAGUGAGCACCCUCAGUUCUACUGUAUCCCAUGAAUCCCAGGCUGCCCAGAGAUCCCUCAAUGUUCAACUCGGAAGGCUAAAAUUGGAAACAAAUAGACUACUAGAAGAGCUAGUGCAGAAGGAGAGAGAAUUUCAAGCCCUGUUGCAUCAUGCUAUAGAAGAAAAAGAACAGGAGAUCAAAAACCUGAAGCUUAGGACUCAACCAAUAGAUAUUCCUGGCAUGUCUACCUCUCGCCUUAGCGCUGCUGAUGGAGCGGUUGAAGAUCCAGAUCUGAUUAACUGGCUGAGAGUUCAUGGUGCUGAUGAAGAAACCAUAAACAGGUUUUUGGCAGAAGACUACACACUAACGGAUGUUCUCGGCUAUGUUACUAGAGAUGACCUAAAAUGCCUUAGACUCAGAGGUGGGAUUUUAUGUACACUGUGGAAGGCCAUCACUGACUUUCGAGAGAAGCACACCUGACCCUCAAGUAAAGGAAUUCCUCCUCCAUCUCCACAGAGAACUGGAACUUCCCUGCAGCACAGUGCAGGAGUUCUGUCAAAGAGAUGCUGUUGCACUUUAAUCCAGUAUUUGUUUACCAUUGUUAAGAAAACCGCAGCUUUCUGGCUGCAUCUACUCCUAACAUCCUUGAGAAAUCUGCCUACAACAUUAAAUAUUAUUGUAGCUUAGAUAUUUUAUAUAAUCUUCUUUUCUAAAACGCUGGAACAGCUAUUACAUUUAGCAAAACCCAAUGUCGAUAUUACGCAGACACAUUGCAAGAUUUCAUGUGAUUGUAUAUCACUGAAAACAAAACAAAAUGUGAAAUUUUAACUUUUCAUGUGAAUAUGUGUCACAUACAGAGCCUGUGAUGGGGCAGGGUGAUUUCUGUGACCUGGCCUCUUUUUCUUAGUGUGGCCAUAAGAGUUCAUCUCAGGGUAGCUUUAGAUGCAACUCAGAGCUUUCUUGUGGGUGGCUGUGUGAAAGGCUGAGCGGAAGGGCUAGGUUCAUGUGGGGCAGACAAGCACCUGCCGAUGUUGCCAUCCUAGUGACUAAAAGUUUUGCUCAAUAUCUUUUUGUGUUUUCAUACUGUGGGGGAGGAAUUCAUAACUGAAACUUAUUGUUUAGAGCUUAUUUGGUAGCUUUUCCUUCUAGUAUGCUGAACAUCACAGUUGGUACUUACAGUCCUCUUUAAAUGUUCAUACUGUUUUUGUUUUUAGUAACUUAAAUCCUGGUCUACUGUGCAUUUGUUUUUUUUAGUGUUGUUUAUGUACUACUGAACUGUACCAGUUACAUAUGCCUGAACUAAAUAUAGUACUGUUAGCUUGUUCUAAAGCUAUCCAUUGUGAUAUACAUUUACGAAAUAAAGAAUGCACAAUUUAUCAACCUAA